UCCAAGCACGCGUCGCCUCGCGCCGCCUUCAGCGUCGGUGGUCAGUGCAGUGCGAAGCGUCGUGCGGGACGGUAUGUGACGUUGAGGCGCCUGUACAUGAGCGGCUGACACAGGGACAGGUCACCGGUGCCAUGGAGCGAUUUCGGCCAAUUGUGGGCCAAGUGGGAGACUUGAUAAACCUUACAAACCUCUCUAGAAGUACCUGCCAAUAUCCUUUUGUUGCCAUCUUCUUAUAUCUUCUUUUAUUGUUUUGAAUACAGAAAGGGGUUUCUGUGCUUGUGUAUAAAUCAGCGUGAUCCCUGUUUCGAGGUGACCAGAAACAAUGACAGUUUUAAAGCGUUCGUAUCGAUUCAAGUGUUCGUGUGUUACGGCGUGAAAGUUCACCAGCCUCGGAGAAGCAUACAGGUGAGAGGUCCACAUCAACGGGGGGAUAAGUUCAGUUGAGUGGUCGCGACCAGCCGAUGAUUAUGUUACGUUCGCUGGAAACGUUGGCUUGUAAACUGUCGCCGGGUGGUGGCUCAGGUAGCACUUCUGUGGCUGGUGAUGGAGCUGGUGGUGUUGGUGGUGCAGUGACGAACAGUCAGGAUAGUGCCUCGCAGACGUCUCUCGAUUCUAAUGCGAACAGAGUUCAUCCGUACCUGAAGCAAGGAAACGCUAACAACCCUCUUGCGAUGAACAACAACAACCACAACACGAACAACAACAACAACAAUAAUACCAACAAUAACAAUAACAACUUACUGAAUACCUCGCAGAACAACGUGAAGAACAAUGAGCCUCAAGAGCAGCCAGAUAGUGAUACGAUAAAGAUGUUUGUGGGGCAGGUACCCAGAAGCAUGGAUGAAAAUGAUCUACGAAGAAUGUUCGAGGAAUACGGACGAGUACAUUCAAUUAACGUGCUGAGAGAUAAGGGAACAGGAGCCAGCAAGGGUUGUUGUUUUGUCACAUUCUUCACAAGAAAAGCUGCUCUCCAAGCUCAGGAUGCCCUACACAACAUAAAAACGUUGAACGGGAUGCACCACCCUAUCCAAAUGAAACCUGCCGACAGUGAGAAUAGAAACGAACGGAAGCUGUUCGUUGGAAUGCUGAGCAAGAAAUUCUGCGAGAACGACGUCCGCGCGUUAUUUAGCAGCUACGGUGUGAUCGAAGAGUGUACAGUGCUAAGGGACCCGGUAGGUACGUCACGCGGUUGUGCCUUCGUUACUUUCGCCAGUAAACAGUCAGCCCUUAGUGCCAUAAAAGCCUUGCAUCAGUCGCAAACGAUGGAAGGCUGCUCAGCGCCUCUUGUAGUCAAAUUUGCCGACACCCAGAAGGAAAAGGAGCUGAAGCGCCAGCAGCAGCUACAGGCCAACGUGUGGAACGCCCUCGGAGCGCCCGCACUGACAGCGCCCAGUCAACCUUUCAGUCCUGUACUGGCGGGGGAUGCGGCCACUUUACAGCUGAUCCAUUCAAUGGGCGGUGCGACCUUACUGCAGCAGCAACAGCAACAGCUGUUGACGGGCACCGAGAACCUUUUGGGUCCGAUAGGAGCCAACUUGGUGACGUUGGCGGCGAUGUCGCAACCGACGACACCACUUUGCAUGGGACUUUUGGGUAAAAGUGCGGGAAUAGAAAGAACACUAGGCGCUACGGGUGCGGGACUGCAGCCAGGACUUACAGCACCCGAUCUGACCGCGUACGGAUCGUUGUUCGCCAACGCCACCCUCAAUGCUGCUGCCAUUGCGGCUGCUGGCAAACAAAUCGAAGGUCCAGAGGGUGCCAAUCUUUUCAUCUAUCACCUUCCCCAAGAGUUCACCGACACGGACUUGGCUUCAACUUUUUUACCAUUCGGCUCUGUGAUAUCCGCCAAAGUGUUUAUAGAUAAGCAUACUAACCUGUCCAAGUGCUUUGGUUUCGUGUCUUUUGAUAAUGCGAACUCAGCCCAAAGCGCCAUUGCCGCAAUGAACGGCUUUCAAAUAGGCACGAAAAGACUUAAAGUUCAAUUGAAAAGGGCGAAAGACGCUUCGAGGCCCUACUAACCAAAGAAUUCUAGCCAGUUUUUCAAACCUACCAAAACAGUCCCAAAGAGGUAGAGACAAGGAGACAAUUUCAUAAUUUUCCACUCCGACUCCUCUGGCAAUCAUUUAACCUGGCAACAUUGAAACUUCAAUGAGUUGAAAUAAAUUCAGCUCUUUGUGAUUCAACUUUUCAUGAAAAAGUUGUUUUGAUUAAUGGAAUUAGUAGGGUUUUGUAGAAAUAUAUAAAGAGUUUUUUGAUAGGUAUAUUCUUUCAAUUUCAAGGAAUAGGUAUAUCUUAUUGAUUUUUUUUUCGUCGAAAUGGUGUUCGAUAAUUCAAAUAUUGUGUCUUGCAUAAAAUGGAAGUUAGUGAUUUGUUUUGUAUGGUAGGAAAAAUGUCGUUUCGGGAAUGUUUUUUAUUUUGUGUUAUUCAAUAAAAAUAUCGAUGUUGUCAAGUUUUAACGAUUGUCCGCGGUACGACCUCCACUUCACUAUAAGUCUCCUUGCCUCCACUAAAGUGCCAGUGUUUGAUCCCGAACUCAGGAUAUCGAAAAAGUAGCUGCUAAAAACGAACUGUGAGAUAUUUUUAAUAGUUGACUGUGGUCACCUGACCACCUUUUAAUCAAUUUAUGAUUUCACAUAAAAUUAUAAGAAUGAAGAGGAUGUUUGAUUGAAGUGUUAUGUUUGAUUAUGUCAUGUUUUGGUUCCGAAAUUGGUAAUGGUUUUGUAUAAGAGAUUUGUGUCCGUGCUUGCAAGCGCGUAAACAUCCUCUGUUGUUUAGUUCGUGUUAGGCUAUUAUACAUGUGGUGAUUUUCCCUUUUCUUUUCUUCGUUUAGUUGGAGUCUUCAUUAUUGAAAAAGUAUCUUUUAUUUAUAUGAGCAUGUAUUGAAUUGUACCUUUUAUUUUCUAUUGUUGAUUAAACCAAAGUUAGACCAAA